AUGGAGACCGAGUCCGGGGCGCAAACAUCAAAUCAGACGCAAACAGAUUCAUUAUCUCCAUCCCCUAAUCCUGUGUCACCUGUGCCUUUGAAUAACCCAACAAGUGCCCCAAGAUAUGGAACAGUGAUCCCUAAUCGCAUCUUUGUAGGAGGAAUUGACUUUAAGACAAAUGAAAAUGAUUUAAGAAAAUUUUUUUCCCAGUAUGGGUCUGUGAAAGAAGUUAAGAUUGUAAAUGACAGAGCUGGAGUGUCCAAAGGGUAUGGUUUCAUCACUUUUGAAACACAAGAAGAUGCACAAAAAAUUUUACAAGAGGCUGAAAAACUUAAUUAUAAAGAUAAGAAACUGAACAUUGGUCCAGCAAUAAGAAAACAACAAGUAGGAAUUCCUCGUUCCAGUAUAAUGCCUGCAGCUGGAACAAUGUAUCUAACAACUUCAACUGGAUAUCCUUACACUUAUCAUAAUGGUGUUGCUUAUUUUCAUACUCCAGAGGUAACUUCUGUUCCACCACCUUGGCCUUCACGUUCUGUAUCUAGUUCCCCUGUGAUGGUAGCUCAGCCAGUUUAUCAGCAACCUGCGUAUCACUAUCAGGCCCCUGCACAGUGCCUACCAGGACAGUGGCAGUGGGGCGUUCCUCAGUCUCCUGCAUCUUCUGCUCCAUUCUUAUACCUGCAACCUUCUGAGGUUAUUUAUCAACCGGUGGAAAUCGCACAAGAUGGUGGAUGUGUCCCUCCUCCACUGUCUCUGAUGGAAGCCUCAGUUCCAGAGCCUUAUUCUGAUCAUGGAGUUCAAGCAACAUAUCACCAGGUUUAUGCUCCAAGUGCCAUCGCUAUGCCUACACCUGUGAUGCAGCCUGAGCCAAUUAAAGUAAGAAGUUUGUUUUGA